CGUCCCAAACCUUAUAAGAGUUUGAUUCACUCCAGACACUCUGUUCAUUUGGGUAUUUAGAUCAAUACUUAGCGUUAUGAACGUGAUGAUGGUGUAUGUUAUUCUGGUACAUGACCAUAAGCUUUAUUGCUAAGUUUUAUUUUGAAUGACUGGCUGCCAAUUUUUUUUUUUUUUUUUUUACAACCGGACACUUGGAUUAAGAAGUGGAAAACCUGGCUUUUUUCGGAUUUUUAACAUUGUUCUGCCGUUGUUUUCUUCGUUAUCGUAGAUAUAAGAAUUAGACAAACGUUCACAGUUGUUUGACGGUCCGAUUUACAGUAUUUAAAGGGCUUAAUUCACUUCGCGAACACGAUCCAUUGUUGAAUAAAGGAUGUCUGCUGAACCAUUUUCCUACAUCGAAAUGAGUCGUGUCAGCGCAGCAAGCACUGUCAUCGGUAGCGACGAUCAUCUACCAGGAGAAACGGAGCCCAGCGAUUCAUUACAGGAGGCCGGGUGGUACUGGGCUGACAUAUCAAGGGAGGAGGUGAACGAAAUCCUCCACGGCUUGCCUGACGGUGCUUUCCUGGUCCGAAAUGCCUCUUGCAGGGUGCAGGGAGAAUACACAUUAACUGUGAGGAACAAUGGCACCAACAAACUCAUCAGGAUCCAACACCGAGAUGGAAAAUUUGGAUUCUCGGAGCCUCUGACCUUCAGCUCGGUGCCGGAUCUGAUAUCUUACUACAGGCAAAGGAGCUUAGUCCAGUACAACACUUCCCUGGAUGUCACACUGGCUUAUCCCGUGUCCCACUGUCACACGGAUCUACCUGUGAAGGAAGAGUUUUUGAGCGCAACCAGAGAGAAACUUCAAGAAUGUUUAAGACUGUUUCAGAAGACGGCAGAGUAUGACCAGCUAUAUGAUGCUUGCAACACUUUAUUACAGGAAAUCCAAAGGACAAAUACUUUAGAGCCCGUCAGUAUGACAGAGAUCUCAAAAGACCAGUGUUAUUCUCAAGAGAACUCUUGCCAGGAUUUCCCCGUCUCAGUCCACAGUCAUCUGACAAAGUCUCCAUACGAGGUAAAAGAGGAGCGAGAGGAGAGCGUGGAGCUCCUGGAGGAAGAGCGAUGGUUUGUGGGAGAUCUCGGGCGAGGUCAGGCGGAGGAGCUUCUCCACGGGAAACCGUCCGGUGCUUUCCUCAUCCGAAACAGCAGCUCGAAGGAUUGCUACGCCUGCUCUGUGGUGGUGGGCAGCCAGGUGAGGCACUGUGUGAUUCGCCAUACCGAGCGCGGCUACGGAUUCGUCGAGCCGUUCGAUCUCCACAAGUCUUUGAAGGAUCUCGUUCUGCACUACCAUCACACCUCGCUGGCACAGCACAACCAGGCUCUGGACGUCCGGCUGGCGUAUCCGGUCCACAGCUGAGUCCACUGGCGUCCCGGUGAAGGUUACUGCACUAAGACUGAAGAAGAUGUGCCACUCGUUGGCGUUGUCCCUUCAUUUUACAUUGUGCGAAGGGUGGAACCAACUGUGUAUGUAUAUUGCACUUUCCAAAGCAUUCCUCACGGUCAUAAUGAAACUCCAGUACUUGAACAAGUAUUUCGAUGAGCCCUUUGUAGACAUGUUUACAGAUAGUCACAAAAACAACAGAAUUUGUAAUACGAUCACGCUUUUUAAGUGGGGAUGAAUGCAUAUAGCCUUUUUAUUAAAGUUUUAUUAAAACA